CUGUAGCAGCUUUAACACAGCUCACAAACACCAGCGAAAUUCCAUAUACUUAUAUUUCAUCUGCGUCUUACACUUUUGGACUUGUACCUUUACUCUAUUUUUUGCUUAUGAUUUUUGCUAUUUAUCAAUGGUCUGCGCAA